AAGGGCACCACACGGUCAAGCCACAACCAGCGCCAGCCAUAAGGUAGCUCCAAGCGCCGUUCGACACCCAACUGUCAACGUCAUCAAAUACGGUCCCAAGAGUGUACGGCAAAGUUCCUAUACCGCUGUAGGCAUAGGCAUAAGCUCCGGUACAGGUAGGUACCUUACAGGGGACGUUCCCAGGGCGGGUUCCGGCUUUUAGGGGCAGGUGUGGUUCGAACACUAGGCGCCGCUAUGGGUGCUUCCAAUCCAGCGGCACGCUGGCAGAUUCGGGUCGUCUAGUUAAGCCGAACGACCCACCGCGCCAGGCCAAAACCACUUCAGUGACCGCCAGAUCUUUUCUCACAGGACCUCGAGGAACCACUCACGACUACCGCAAAAUAAGAGCCUAUAUCAUUAUCCAAAGACCACUCAUCACUCAUAGCUUCUCUUCUAGCUACCGUACUUUGUCUACGCCUUGCUUCAUCCACGUACGCGACGGACAAUGCACCUCGAUCAUCCUGUUAACCAAUCGAUCCAACAAAUCGAUGAGACCUCCUGGCUCUUUGGGGACCAGAUCCUCCUUACCCGGCAAAACUCGCCCCCGCCUGGCUGCCCAUCCUGGGGGGAUGGGAACGGACUUUACUACGUCGUUUCCGAACCGCCCAGCCCUAUGCCUCCGUGUCGACCGUUGCCAGAGGAAAGCCACAUCCAGAAACUUUAUGAUGCAGGCGGCGUGUCGGCGGUUUGGAGGAUUGGUGAUGCCAUCUGCAAAGCCAAGAAAUACCCCGAUCCGAAUAUGACGUGGGAGCACAUCACGUUGGAUCAUCUCCACAACAAAUGCCCGCUUGGACAGCUCAGCUUUGCCGUCCCAAAGGUCAUCCACCAUGCGCAGAGCAAGGAUCGUUACUUCAUUAUCCAGAGCCGAAUACCUGGCGAGACCCUUGCCGAGGCCUGGCCGUCGAUGGACGAGAGCACGAAGGAGUACUACGUCUCACGAAUCGCGGGCAUCUGCACGGAGCUGGCAACUUGGACAGGCAAUGGCAUUCAUGGUGUCGACGGGCGGAAUAUGUCAGAUCUCUAUCUCACUCCCCUCCACGGCAUCGAAGACAUGAGUCCCCAGAAUCUCCUCAGGAACUGCGCUAAUCUCGGGAUGGAUUGUUGCAAGUUCGUCUUCUACCAUUGCGAUCUAGGGCCCGGGAACAUAAUAAUAGAUAUUGGACGGGGAUCUCUUGGAGUGGUUGAUUGGGAAAUGGCUGGCUUUGUUCCACGGGAAUGGAUAAGGACAAAAGUCCGCGUUUCAAGCGGAUCGGAUCUCCCUGGUGGCGACGACGACUCGAGACAGGAUUGGAGGAGGCGGCUUCAGAGACGAUUAGGGCAGGAUGGCUUUCCCGAAAUCGCGGAUCGGUGGAUGGCUUGGUUUAUGAAUGAUGGAAAUCAAGAAGCGAAGGAGCGGAGGCGUACUUCUUGUAGUGGGAAAUAAAUCUCCUGUCAGUGGCCGAAUGCUCGUCUCUUCGAGUGAAGAACAACCUGCAGUUCCCGCAGGACUCCCUUUUUUUAUUUUUUUAUUUUUUUUAUUUUUUUUUAUUUU